GUUCAACAUUCGCUCAAUCUGCAGUGUGUCAUCGAGCUCCAUCCAGCAUAGGCUAGCAUCAGCCGUUGCAGGACGAGAUGGCUCGUGGAUCCAAACAAGAAGCUAGAUCUGGCGAGGCUGAGGAGACGGAUGACUCGCCCCAAACUCUUAUUACACAGCCCAAGCUCGCUUCUACCCGGGUUCAUGAGACCACAGAGCUGUUGGAUAUGAUACUCGGUCACAUUGACUCAGAGACCUGGAGAAGACAAGGAAUCACACGAGUCUCAUACCGUACCUUUGAUUAUUACGCUCGAACACGAUACUCAGUUGUCUCUUGGAACAGGUACGACACCUUUAAACGGUGGCCUUUCCCCGAACAAGCAAGAAGGUACCUAUAUCAUUGCAAGACUCUCACUGCUAAUGAAUGGUCACGACGACGUUGCAAAAAUGGAAAGGGCGAUGGCGUCUUCGAGAAGGACAUUCUCGAGACCGUACGCGAACUCUGCCCGAACAUCGAGACAGUGCGAUCAACUCACGACCCCUUCUAUGACCGAUCUGAUAAGCGUCUCGACCGUACCAUAGCCACUUUCUCUGAUGGCAAGACUCCGCGCAUCGAGUUCCAGCAUCGCACGACACUCACUGCUCUAGGUCGAAUAGUUGGUUGCGAGUCUCGAUGGAAGCCAGUCAAGUGGGAGGGCUGGGAUGCGAGCGGGAAGACGAUUAUCAUAUUUGGUGCGAGGGCCAAAAGCGACCCCAAGGAAUACUGGGCUGAAGAUAAACAGUAUUCAGAGGGGAAGCAACUCAUCAUCCGGGCUCUAGGCACCGGAAACCCUGGGCCUUGUCCAGUAGUGUCCAUCAGAUUCCCUGAACUGGAUUGGACAUUGGACGAGAUCGCCAGAGUGGUCAGGCGCCGAGGUGAGACCGAGUUCGGGAAGCCUCUGGACGACGAUCGUCCAGAAUCCAGCAUUGAGAGGAUCACCGUAUCCCAGAUUCAGCCAUUCAGCCGAGAGGAAUUUGCGCUCUUCUGCUCCAGGAUCGGACCGCAAGUGACCGAAAUACACUUGAAUUCCUGGACGGUCCCACCGUCUUCAUCAAAUUCCCUACUCGAGUUGCAUGAUCUGCCCGAACUAUUGGUCGAUGUUCAGACAAAAUUGCCAAAUCUGACUGAUCUCUGCCUGAUGAUUGGAAACGAUACGAGGCUCGCCUCUCAGAAUUAUCAAUCUAGCUCUGCUUCAAGAACGCGAUUAAAGACGUCCGGCGCUCUCAAGCGAGUGAAGAUCGCCAUUCGUGGAAGCCAUCCUGAUCAUGCGGUCUCAACAUUGAAUCUCGUCCGCAGUCUUAUGGACAUAGCAGGAGACACGGUGCAGUUUACUUUUCCAGAGUUUUGGGGCGAUAGAUGGGGACCCGCAACACUAUCGAACUUCAUCUCUCAAUUCUCCAUGGUGUUCGAUUGGUUCAUGAGCGCCUCCGAAGAACGCAAACGGCGUAUCCGGGAAACAAAUUUCGAAGAAGUCUUACUCGAGCACGGUCGUGCUAUCGACAUUACACGUUUGGCUCUGCAACCCAACGGAGCUUUCGUCACGCAAUCUGUACAACGUGAUCUCGAUAAUGUCCAAAAGACGAAAUCAAUGAUACAACAAGGCAGGGCAUCAUGCGCGGCUUGCUUUGAUGCUUCCGAAACCUCCGACCCGCAUCAGAAGAACCGAUCCGCCUUGAGUCGGAUCACUGCCUUGACCCAGCUCGACAAAUUGGACAGUCGGAAAGAUGCCGCAGAGGUCGCACGGUCAAACCUUGUCGCGCUAGGUUACCGUGUCGAUCCUUUCGACUGGCCUAGCAGAGACGAUCUCCCGGGCGAAGAGGGCGAAAGCGAGGAGGUCACACGGCUCAAGCGAAAAGUGAAGGAGCUUCAGGACAAGAUCAGGGAAUUGCAGCAGCGUCUGGAUGAGCAAGAGGAUGCUAGAGGGUCGUGAGAAGGUGGCGAGGGCGGUGUUUGUAAUUCGCUAAAACGGAUCUCGAUAGAUGUUCACUUUGAGCAGGUUGAAAUAUGCAAUCCUUCUACAGAUAUUUCUUGGUACGUAGCAUAUUGUGCAUCAUUCUGAAGGCUGCGAGAUGUGGCAUUGCCACUGUCUUCCGUGGACAUAUAGAAAGAAGUGUGAGC